UAAUAUAAUAGGCAAAUAUCUUGUAGAUUAAGGGUAAAAAUUUGAUGACAGCCAGAUCUUAACAGCUAAAUAAAAUAAUAGGAUAGGAUAAGCAGCUUCCAAGAAAAACAGGAAAAAAAAAAAAAAAAGCCCUUGAAAAUUCUAUAAAAACCGAGCUAUAACCCUUAACAAAACCUUCUUUCCUCCUUUCUUUGCUUUGAUUGCAUACUUUGCGUUUUCUUCUCCCAGAUAAGUCUUUAUCUUCUCUCUCUUUUUCCAAUUUUCCUCUUUCUUCAAUUUUCUCAUAAAUUCCCCAAAUUUCUUCCCCUUUUCUUUUUCAAUUUGCUCUUGUUUUUUUAGAUCUAGGGUUUGUUUCUUCAAUUAUAUAGUGUAUGGUUUGAAAUUCAAUUCAAUGUUUUUCGAGCCUAUAUGAGCUACCAAAUCCAGAUGCGGAGGAUCCGAAUUCUCCAUUCAUUUUCAGUUGUUUUCCUCUAUUGGUUUUACGUUUUCUCAUGAAUUAAUCGUUUCAAUUUCAUAGAUUUAGGUGUUUAUUUUCUAGAUUUUUAGAUUUUGUCAAACCCUAACCCUAAUUUCCGAUUUCCCCAAAUAAAAAUCUUUUUUCGAAGAAAACAACUGAUUUUCCGAAUUUAGUAGAAAUUUCGUGUGAUUUAUAAUGCAGCAAUCGCAGCCGGUGAGUUCCGGGUCGGAUUCUGAUCCGAGGUACGCGAAUAUGGAUGAACGGAAGCGAAAACGGAUGCUUUCAAACCGCGAAUCGGCCCGAAGGUCGAGGAUGAAGAAGCAGCAGCAUUUAGAUGAGCUAUUAAAAGAAGUGAAUCAGCUAAAAUCUCAGAAUUCUGAGAUUGCUCAGAAGACGGAUGUUGUUACACAGCAUUACAUUGCUUUUGAAUCAGAAAACAAUGUUUUGAGAGCUCAGAUGAUGGAAUUAACUGAUCGAUUAAGGUCUCUGAAUUCUGUGCUUCAGUUUAUGCAGGAUGCUAGCGGUUUUGCCAUGGAUAUCCCCGAGAUUCCUGAUACUUUGCUUGAGCCGUGGCAGCUCCCUUGUCCCGUUCAAACAAUCCCGAAUGUGUUUCAAUGUUAACGAUAAAUCAAUGUGUCUGUUUUCGAGGAUAAUCUCGAAUGCUUAGUAACAAUCAAUGGUGGUGAAAGAUGGGAUUUAUUAUUUCGUUUUCGAUUGCGAAGAAGAUUGUUGUUGUUUUAUGUGGAUGGGAUGCUUUUUAGUAGCUUGUCAAAUUUGUGGUUUUGGUGAUUUAAGAGUCUUAAAUGUGUUGGUGGUUGUUAAUUAGUUUGUUAUUAGGUUUUGAUUGUAAUGUGUUUGUUACUCCUUUUAUUCAAGUCAAGUCUAUUGGUGAUUGUGUUGGAAUAAUAAAGUUGAAGUUUGUUGAUUGAA